CUUGUUUCUUGCACCUUCUUUAUAACUCACUUCUGCGGCCUGCCCCUGCACUCCGCAACUCUUCACCUCUUCAGCUUCCACACAACCAAGAGUAACGAUACAUGUACUCGAGUACUACUAGUACUCCUUCCAAAGUAAAAACACAGCAACGACCAACAAAAGAGCAAGCUACAUCGUAUCACCGUAGUAACAAUACAAUAGCAAGAUGAUGAAGCCAACGAAGAAGCAACAGUCCCCGCCCACCACCUUUACGACAGUGAAUAAGAUGGACAAUCUGAUCAACGUGGCCAACGAAGAUGACUUGCACUGUCUGCACAACCGCUUGACAAAGUCGCUCGCUCGAGCGGAGACACGGUCCGUACGAGUGCUGCGAAUGGCGGUGAUCAGUGCACUACUAUUGACGGCCGGCAUUGUCUCUGUGGGAGUCUUUCUGUACACUCGCAAUGAAGAGCGCCAAAACUUUACCAAUCACUUUGAAGAUAGUGCACUGCAAGUCCUCGAGAGUUUCCAUGACAUGGUCGAACGGAGUCUGGGAUCCGUCGCCUCCUUAUCGACGGAUUAUACAUCGUACGCUCUGCAUUCCAAUUCCUCCUUUCCCUUUGUCACACUGCCCGACUUUUCGUUGAGAGGAAGUCAAUUUAGGGCGCAAUCCGGAUCGCACAUUGUCCACUGGUUGCCACUGGUGCAAGAAGACCAACGCGACGACUGGGAAGACUACUCCGCAGCACACAGAUCCCAUAUUGACGAAGAAUUCGAAACCGAUGUCGAGUAUCGAACCAAACAAGACUAUGAGCUGCGGGGACAUGAUGUGGGUCAUCACAGACGACUGCAACAGCCAGAGGAAGAAGUAGAAACACCACCACCACGAAACAUGACCAUUCUCGGGGAUGGAUCAGGAUUUCACCCCAGAAUUUGGUCCAACGGGGCAAUGGUGCCCCCAGGAGAUGAACCCAAAGGAACCGGACCCUACUUGCCGACCUGGCAGAGAAGUCCUGUCUCGGGUCAACGCCAAGGCUUUCUCAAUAUGAACUGGGUGCACGCCAAGGUGAUUGGUCCAGGAUUGUUGGAUACCAUGCUGCAAGAAAAGAAAGCCGUUCUCCGCAACGCCGCUGUGCCCAUUCCCAAAAUGCUCAAACUCAUGGAAGGAAACCUGCGCAUCUCGCAGUAUCGAGAACAUGUCGAAGACUACAUUGAUGGUCUCAGCACCUUCAUGGUAUACCCCGUAUUUGAUAAAUUCGGAGAAGAUCAAAAGUUGGCGGGGGUGUUGGCGACCAACGUCUAUUGGAAAAUGCUACUCAGUCAUUUGCUGCCCUCCAGCUCACAAGGGAUCAUCUGUGUGGUCGAAAAUUCAUUUGGACAGGAGUUCACCUAUCGCAUUGAUGGCCCCGAAGCCACGUUUCUAGGACUGGGAGCCCUCAACGACCCCAAGUACGACGACCUCGAAUACUCAGAGAACAUCAAUGCGUAUCUCCAACGUCGGGCCGGUCCUCGAACCAGAGCCUACACUACGGUGCCCUUGAGCGACUCUACUCAGUAUACUAUUCGUGUCUUUCCCUCCAAGGAUACAGAAGAAAUGUUUGUCACCAACAAGCCCAUCGUCUACACGGUCGUCGUCCUAGUCGGUUUUGCACUGGCGUCCUUUCUCUUUUUACUCUUCUCGUGGGUCGUCGAGAAGCGUCAGCACAUCAUGACAGCCAAGGUCGUCGACAAUGCAGAAAAAAUGACCCGCACCGAACGAGAGAUGCAAGAGUUUCUGUGUCAUGAAAUCCGAAAUCCUCUCGCAUCAUCGUUGUCAGCCUGUUGCUUUGUGACAUCGGCAUUGAAUGAGAAUGGAGACAAGGGACUGGCAGACCCUGGAACUCUCAAGACGGUACGAGAGGACAUGGAUGUCGUCAACUCGAGUCUGAAUUUCAUCAACGACUUUCUUCGCAGCAUGUUGGAUAUCCAUCGUGCCGCGGGAAACAAGAUCAAAAUCAACAAGGCACCAACAGAUCUCUUGCAGGAUAUUCUGGAACCAGUGUCGGCCAUUCUCUACAAACGAGUGGCCAACUUUCAAGUGCUCGUCGAAUGCCCUGAGAAUCUUUUAGUCCACACCGAUUGCAUUCGUUUGAAACAAGUUGUGUUGAAUCUAGUUCGCAACUCUUCCAAGUUUGUCGAGCAUGGCUUUAUCCGCAUGCGAGCAGAGGUCCUGGCGAAUGACGUGAGGCUGUACAUUGAAGAUUCUGGUCCGGGUAUGCCCAAAGACAAGCAACAAGAUUUGUUUUGCAAGUACCAGUCGAGUCUGGACUCACUCUCGCAGGGAACUGGUCUUGGGCUGCAUCUUUGUCAGAAGCUGAUGCAUUCCAUGGGAGGAGAUGUCUGGCUGGAUCCGUUGUAUGACAGCGGUAUCGAAGGAUGUCCGGGAGCUUGUUUUGUUUUGGAGCUCAACUCGGCGCCGUUAGACAUUGAAUCUUCCUUGCCAACCACAGACAGCGAAAGCGAGCAGCCUAAUGAAGUUGUCACUGUCGUGCCAACCGCGCCCGCCGUCGUCCCGGUCGACAAGCCCCAAAAGGACGACCCCGUCGAGCAACGCAACAAAGAUGACACGGAUACUUCAUGUAGUACUUCCCCCCCAAGUCCCGCUCCACCAACGAUGGCGUUGUUCGCCUUGCCAAGCGCCCCUCCGCUCGCGCAACCUUCGACUUCCCCACCAACUUGCGCUGUGGCCACAGAUACUGUGUCGAAGCCCGACGCAAAUACUGCCGCUGCUCCAGCUUCUGUUUCGACUUCUUCUCCUCCUCCAGCAGCAGCAGCAGAUACCCCUGGCCCUGUACUACCCGAGAACCUGAAAAUCCUCAUGACGGACGAUGAUGCCGUUCUCCGAAAGCUGUUCACUCGCGCACUGAAAAAGGCAGCCCCUCCAUCGUGGGAGAUAAGCGAGGCUUCAAGCGGGGAGGCGGCCCUUCGACUGUGCGAUGAAAAGCAAGAGGAAGGUAGCGCUUUUGACCUCAUUUUCAUGGACAUGUACAUGGCAAGCGUGGACAAGCAACUGCUUGGCACAGAAACGACACAAGCCAUGCGAGCAAAAGGCAUCCAAAGUACAAUUUGCGGGUUAUCGGCCAACGACAUCCGCGAUAACUUUUUAAGCAACGGGGCAGACGACUUCAUUCUAAAGCCAUUGCCCUGCAAGCCGGCUGCGUUACGAGAGACGCUCGACAGACUGUUGCAACACCGACACCGCAGCUGAGCAAUCACGCGCCUUUAAUGGCGAUGUAAACAAUAGAUUAAACUUGUUAUGAGCAGAAAGAUUCAAUGACUGCAAAGCUUGUUUCAU